AUGGCUGGGAACCAAGCCCUCAACGUUAACAGCGCUGUUGCGCAACAUGCCAACCUCGAGAUCACUGUCCACGGUUCAGACUGGUACUUCACCGUCUGCGCGGUUAUGGGUGUUUCUACCCUGGCUUUCAUGGGUCUAGCCUUCACCAAGCCUCAGACUCACCGGAUUUUCCACUACAUCACCGCUGGAAUCACCGCCGUCGCCUGCAUUGCCUAUUGGUCCAUGGCUUCUGAUCUAGGUCAGACCCCUAUCCAGGCCGAGUUCGUCAGGCCAGGCCGCGCCGUCGUUGCUGCCGCCGGAACUCGAGAGAUGUUCUACGUGCGGUACAUCGAUUGGUUCGUCACAACACCGCUCCUCCUCACGGAUCUGCUCUUGACCGCUGGGCUCCCAUGGCCUACCAUCUUGAUUACUUUGCUCGCGGAUGAGAUCAUGAUCGUCUGCGGACUCGUCGGCGCCCUCACUCAGACGAGCUACAAGUGGGGAUACUUUGCCUUUGGCACGGCGGCCCUAUUCUUCGUCGCCUACGAGCUUGCCAUUGACGGACGUCGCCAUGCCACCGCCCUGGGAGGUUCUGUCAAGAGCACCUUUAUGAACUGCGGUGUGCUGACCCUGUUCCUGUGGUUCUUGUACCCCAUCGCCUGGGGCUUGUCCGAGGGCGGCAACGUUAUCCACCCCGACUCCGAGGCCAUUUUCUAUGGUAUUCUGGACAUCUUUGCAAAGCCCGUCUUUGGCUUCUUGCUCAUCUUUGGCCACAACAAGAUUGAUCCUGCCGUGCUCGGUCUUACCAUGCACGAGCCUGGUCAGCACAGAAAUGAGAAGGGUAUUGUGCACCCUGAGGGUCCCGCUGCGACUGGCAACAAUGGUACUACUGCCAACGUUUAA